GACACUCGACUCCACAACACCUCGAUACUACGGCUCCUAAGGAAUGGGCAACACCGAGUAACGUAACAUUUUCGACCUUUUUCUUUUGCAUACCAGGCGUAUUAUUCCUUAUUCAGCGACGUCUGCGGACAACCGCACACGACACGCAACAUGUGGGACGGUCUUUUCAUGCUGCUCACGUUGAGCACGAUAAUGGCAAUUGCGUCUUUCGUUGCCGGCAUCCUCCCGCUCUCCUUCACCCUCUCACCGCGACAAUUGCGCAUCAUCACACUCCUUGGCACCGGUGUGCUAGUAGGGACAUCGCUCAUUGUCAUCGUCCCGGAGGGCAUUGAGACAAUGUACAGUGCCGGCAAGACCCACUCGCAUGUCUCCCGGAGCGUUGUGCCCACAAUCCCCAACAUACAUAAGCUGCAAACUGGCAUCAACCACCCCUCAGACUUCAACCUUGGAGCUAGAUCAGAGGUCCUCAAUACCGACUUCCUAAGGGCGGGCGCUGUGAAGGCACCCAGCAGCCAUGUUGUCGGAAAAGGAACACCCAUUGAGCCUCGAUUCAAGCGGGCACAAGAGCUGAAGGAAAAGACCAAGGAGAAACAGAAGGUUGAGGAAGAGGAGCACCAUCAGGCACAAAAGGGCGGCGACGAUGACUCCACAGAAGGCCAUAAGGAAGGCCAUACACGUGUGCACGCGCCCGAAGAAGACGAGAACAACCAUAAACAUGUUGAACAGAUGGAGGGCCCCAGCCCGCACGCCUACAUUGGAGUGGCUCUGAUCCUAGGUUACAUUCUUAUGUUUCUCGUCGAUCACGUCCCGGAAGCUCUCUCUUCGUCCCAGCAGCAGUAUCAGCCCAUGCACAUCUCGCUAUCGAACCUGCACCGGGGGCCGCACAACUCGUCCAGUCUUAGUCUGAAUGGACUGGCUACUCCUGGUUCACCACCAAUGUUGACACCCACACCUAUGGCACCUCCUAAGAAGAAGACUUCUGCAACCACCAUUGGUCUGGUGGUUCAUGCUUGUGCAGAUGGAAUUGCGCUGGGUGCUUCUUCAGCUGCGCCUUCUGGCUCUUUGUCGUUCAUCGUCUUUCUUGCUAUUAUGCUGCACAAAGCACCCGCUGCGUUCGGUCUUACCUCAGUCUUGCUGAAGCAAGGACUCUCUAAGCGCACGGUCCGCACUCACCUGGCCUUCUUCAGCUUGGCCGCCCCCGCAGGUGCUUUCGCAACUUGGGCCAUCGUUCAUGCGCUCGGACGCAGCACACUUGGUGGAGACGAAGGCUUGACCUGGUCAACCGGCUGGGUGCUGUGUUUCUCUGGCGGUACAUUUUUGUACGUUGCUAUGCACUCCAUGAGCGAGGCGACAAACCCUCAAGAAGAGCCUGUCAUCCACGGAUACCUCGACGCCCCACUUGGAAAGACGACCAUGUCGAAGACAGACAUCCUCAUCGUUAUCUUCGGCAUGUUGCUCCCACUCGUCACGCAAAUCGGGCACGCUCACGCGCAUGCUCAUUAGGAAAAGGUGUUCACCUUGGCGUUUGGCAUCAGUGAUCUGCCUUAUUGGUUGUAGGGUAAAGAUUGCUGAUUAGGAGUACCGUUAAAUGAUACCACACCUUUUUUGUUGUAGAAUAACAAUGUAUUCAUAUUGAUCUCCGUAGGAGCCCGUUAAGGUUUCUGAUCCAUUCGGGCAGAAACGGACAUGACUCGAUCACGUCCAUGACCACUACUCUCAGCGGUUGCGUUUCCUGGACAAUAUCAC